UGACCUUCGUGGACCUCGUGCCCUCCACAUCUCCGGAUUGAACAGUCGUUCAUGACGGCCGAGGUCAUCGCUCACUGGACACUUGAAUGAACUUUGUGACCUUGGCGAUUGUGUCCAAGGCCUUCCCGGAAUAUCUCCCUCUUACCCCCCCAGCUCUCCUUAAGCGGCAAAGCCUGUCGGUUCUUUGCUGCUCUUCAAUAUGCUGGCCUCGAUACUGCUCCGAGCACUGGCCGAUCUCCCAUGGUCAAGAUCCGAAAGCUUUAAUUCCACGUUUGCUCAUCUAUUUAGAUCCCAAUUUCUGCCUCGCUAGCUAUGCCUUGGACUACCAUAUCAAGCUCUCUCACUCCCGCGCUUGGCUCUUUCUAACUGCCCUCUGUGACAUAGUCAAACCCAUCUCUUCCUUCAAGCCUCACAAUCAUACAGAUCAAAAUGCCAGAGAUACCCUUGUACGAUAUUGUAAUAAUAGGCGCCGGCCCCGUUGGCCUCCUCUUGUCAGUAGCACUAUCAAGAUGGGGCUACAAUGUCAGACACAUCGACAACCGGCCCGUGCCCACAGCGACAGGACGGGCAGAUGGCAUACAACCACGAUCGUUAGAAAUCUUGAAAAACAUGGGUCUGAAACGAAAGAUCAUGGCCUACGAUCCUGCCAGAGUUUUUGAAGUCGCGUUUUGGGAUCCGGCGCCAGGAGGCAAAAUCGUACGGACAGGUACAUCGGCCAGCUGUCCAGACUUUCUUGAUGCAAGGUAUCCUUUCACAGCACUCCUCCACCAAGGUCUGAUCGAGCGAGUUUUCAUCGAAGACCUCGAAAAGAACGGUACUCGAGUUCAACGACCGUGGACCAUAACCCGCUUCGAAACCAACCACAUCAACCAUGACUACCCCGUCGAGGUCGACCUCAAGAACCUCGAUAGCAACGUCACUGAGACAGUUCGCGCAAAGUAUCUCUUCAGCGGCGAGGGCGCACGCAGCUUCGUCCGCGACACAUUGGGCAUACAAAUCCGACAUAAGGAUCCCAUCUCACACGUCUGGGGCGUCAUGGACGGCGUCGUGCGCACCAACUUCCCCGACAUCAAGAUGAAAUGCACCAUCCACUCCGAUCACGGCAGCAUCAUGGUCAUCCCGCGCGAGAACAACAUGGUGCGCCUGUACAUCCAGAUCGCCAGCAGUACGGAUCCGGACUUUUCGCCGCGCAAGACCGCCACGGUCGAGGAGGUCCAAGCCGCGGCCAAGCGCAUCUUCCAACCAUAUUACUGCACUUGGGACCGCGUCGAGUGGUACUCGGUCUACCCAAUUGGUCAGGGCAUCUCGGACAAGUACACGCUCGACCACCGCGUGUUCAUGGGCGGCGAUGUGUGCCACACGCACUCUCCCAAGGCGGGCCAGGGCAUGAACACGGCCUUCCAUGACGCCCUCAACUUCGCGUGGAAAAUGCACGUCGUCGAGGCGGGCUUCGCUAGCCGGGACGUCCUUUCGACGUACGAAGUUGAGCGGAAAUUCAUCGCCGAGACCCUGCUCAAUUUCGACAACAAAUAUGCAGCGCUUUUCUCCAAGCGGCAGCCCACAGCCACGGAGGUCGAUAAGGCGCAUAAAAGUCACAAUGACGACACCCAGCAAGAAACCAAAAACGAGUUCGUCGAGAUGUUCAAAGCGAACUGCGAAUUCACGGCUGGCUUUGGUGUCGCGUAUAAUGGGAACAUUUUCAAUCACUCAGCUGAGCAUCCCUUCCAACAUCCACUGAUCAUCAUGGACUCGCCGAAGUUAAGACCGGGCCGGAUUAUGCCCCCGUCUAACGUCACACGCGUCGUGGAUGCGAAUGUUGUGCACCUUGAAAACGAGAUUCCCUUCAACGGCGCUUUCCGGCUCUUUGUUUUCGGCGGAUUGAGCCAAUCGCCUCGGGCGGGACAGCACAAGGCGCUGGAUGAUCUGGCUGCGGGUCUCGCGAGUCCCGAGUCAUUUUACUCACGAUAUGGAUGCAGAGACCGGCAACGGGAUAACCAUCACGACAGCGACAACCCACAUAGCCGCUUCUUCUCGAUCGCGCUGACAUUGGCAGCCAAGAGGCCAGACAUUGAGAUUGGCGAGUUACCGGCCUUGUUCCGCGAUUACGGCGGCCGGGUGUAUGCGGAUGAUAAGAAGGACAUGCGCGUGCUGGACGCGAAGGCCGCGGCGCAUGCGAAGGUCGGGUUGACGGGUGAUGAGGGUGCCGUGGUGGUCGUGAGACCGGACGGACAUGUCGGCGUUGCUGUGAGGUUGGUUGAAGGGGAAGGCACGGUAGAAGCACUGGAGGGAUAUUUCAGGGGCUUUACGAAUGGAGUCAAAGAUGGGAAAGGCAGGACCGGGUUGGGUGGUGGCCAGUUCAGGUCGCAGUUGUGAAUUGAAAGAAACCAAUGAAGGGGGCAAAAAAGGGUUUCAUUCCGUGCUUUAGCAAUGUGAUGUACUUCGUAAAUGCAUCUCAAUCAGAGAAAG